UAUCAAUCAAUUACAGAAAAUAUUAAGGUUAAACACAGAGGAAGUGAUUCGUGUGGUGUAUUAGGUGGGAGUUUAUAUUUUUAACUAUAAUAAUUACUGGUUAGUUUGCUAAGCUAAAUAACUUCGGUCGUUGCUACUGAUGAAUCUCCUUUGUUCUCUUCUUUUCUUUUUUUUUCUUUUUUUUUUUUGAUACAACCAAUACUUAACAGAGUGAGAGGUCUUUAGUUUUUCCUUCUCUCCGGUUGAGUUUCCUGUUUCCUCUUCGACCCCGCCUCCAUCUUUGAAACGUCAACAGCGCCAAACUUUCGGGGUCCUUAGUGAGGGGAAAAUGAGCGGCUGUGUUGCGGGGCCGCAGUGGAGGAAAGUUCACUCCGUUACUGGAGUCGUUCCCCGGUCCAGGCAUGGACACCGGGCGGCGGCAAUCCGCGAGCUCAUCAUUGUAUUCGGUGGCGGGAAUGAAGGGAUAGCGGAGGACCUCCAUGUCUACAACACGGUCUCCAAACAAUGGUUCCUCCCUGCUGUGAGGGGGGACAUCCCACCCGGGUGCGCUGCUCAUGGCUUUGUCUGCGAAGGCACCCGGAUCCUGGUAUUUGGUGGCAUGGUUGAGUACGGAAAGUACACCAACAGCCUCUAUGAGCUCCAGGCCAGCCGGUGGCUCUGGAAGAAGCUGAAGCCCAGAGCGCCCAGGAACGGGUCCCUGCCCUGCCCUCGGAUCGGACACAGCUUCACCCUGGCAGGGGGGAAGUGUUACCUAUUUGGGGGCCUGGCCAAUGACAGCGAGGAUCCCAACGGGAAUGUACCAAGGUACCUGGGGGACUUCUAUGAGCUGGAGCUGCAGCCGCUAACGGGAGCGAGAGGCUGGAACGUUCCCGACACCAAGGGCGGCGGCCCGUCGGCUCGAGAGUCGCACACCUGUGUGGCGUACGCCAGCCUCGGCUCGCCCAAGCUCUACGUGUUUGGAGGCAUGCAGGGUUGCAGACUGAACGACCUCUGGCAGCUUGACCUCGACUCCAUGGUUUGGUCCACGCCUCAAACCAGCGGCUCCACCCCUCUUCCCAGAAGCCUUCACUCUGCUAACGUUGUUGGAAACAGGAUGCUUGUUUUUGGAGGCUGGACUCUUGCUCCAGAGUCAGACAAACGGGUCACCACGGCAACAGAGUGGAUUUGUUCCAACUUGCUGGAUUCUCUAAACCUGGACUCGAUGUGCUGGGAGUGCGUCGGCCCGGAGCAGCAGGACGACGCCCAAUCCCAGCUGCAGAACCAGAACCAGGGCCCGCAGGCAGACGACCCGUCCGCCUGCUGGCCUCGAGCCAGAGCCGGCCACUGCUCGGCCGCCAUCGGCUCCAGGCUGUACAUCUGGAGCGGCCGCGACGGCUACCGCAAGAGCUGGAACUACCAGGUGUGCUGCAAGGACCUCUGGUACCUGGAGACAGAUCGUCCGACUGCGCCAGAGGGAGUGAUGCUCAUCAAGUCCACGGUCAGCAUGCUUCACGUGGCGUGGCGCCCCCUGGCUGCAGCAGACUUCUAUAUCCUGCAGAUCCAGCCGGUGGUCUGCUGUCCAACCACCAAACCAGUUCAGCUGACUGGAACAGAAGGACAGACUGGGACAGGUCCUGCAGGUCCUCAGUCCCUUCAGAAUCCAAACGAGGACCCGUCCGGUCCAGAACAGAACGCAUCGGCCCAGGACUCAUCAGCUCCGUCAGGGGAAACCAAAGCGGAGGAGCAGAGUGCUGGGAGAGAGUCCGAGUCCAAACACUGCGGAGGAGCAGCGAUGGAGGACGGCAGCUCAGCUCAGCAGCAGCAGUCUGACAAACACACUGCUCCAGGUGACCAGACGGGGGAUCUGUACGCCAACACAGAUCAGGCUAAGGAGAACCAAGAUGGCUGCUCGUGGUUUGAUGUUGGCGUGUUUAAGACGCUCUACUGCGAGGUCAGCCACUACUUCCUGCCAGCUGAAGACCAACAGGCCUUCCACCAGAGGAAGCUGCCCAGUCCUCUGGACUACCAGGGCCGGGAGAAACAGCCGCUGACCCCGGGUCAGAUGUACCGCUUCAGGGUGGCUGGAAUCAACUGCUUCUCUCAGGGAGACUUCAGCCCAGCCAGCGAGUUCAAGACCUGUCAGCCCGGCUUCCCCGGAGCGCCCGCCGCCGUCAAGAUCUCCAAGGCCAGCGAUGCGGUCCAGAUCACUUGGGAGGCGCCGACGUCUCCGUCGGGUCGGAUUCUGGAGUAUUCCAUGUACCUGGCGGUAAGGAAGAGCCGGUCCGGCUCGGAGCGCCCGGGUCAAAUGGCCUUCAUCCGGAUCUACCGCGGCACCAAGACCAGCUGCUCGGUCAGCUCCUCCCACCUGGAGAACGCACACAUCGACAGCUCGGCGUCCUGCCGGCCCGCCGUCGUCUUCCGCAUCGCGGCCAAGAACGAGCAGGGCUAUGGACCGGCCACGCAGAUCCGCUGGAUCCAAGAUCCUAUCAAACUGCGGGGCUCUGCUGCCAAACCAGACGGCAGCGCUGAGGGUGACCCAGACGCAGCUGACAGCUCCAGUUGAGGCGGUUCUGGACCAGCUACAGGGAAAAAGAAAUCCCCUCAGGAAGUUGAACUGAACAUUUCUAAAACAUCUUUUCUAAUUUAUUUUUCUCUGAUGAAACUGUAAAUAGAUUCACAUGCCGAUUUUA